AUGUCUCUUUACGGUCGAACCGUUACACUGGUAACAGACAAUAAAGCCCUACAAUAUACUUUCAAAAAUCCAAAAGCAAAAACACCAGCACGUAUAGAAAGAAUGUGUUUACGUCUGGCCCAAUACCAUUUCACUGUAAAACAUCAUCCUGGUAAAGGCAAUCCAGCUGAUUAUUUGAAUGAUGAAAUUGUUAUUCCAGAAAGCUUAUAUGAUCCUGUAAUUGAUAUAGCGCAUGAUGGGCGUCAAGGUGUCAAGAAAACAAAAGCAUUAUUGAGAUCAAAAGUGUAUUUUCCAGGUCUAGAUAAAGUGGUAGAAGCACGCUUGAGUAGUUGUUAUACUUGCCAAAUAAAGUCAGCAGCAGUGCAACAUGAACCAUGUCAAACGUCAGAAUUACCAUCAAGUCCAUGGCAGUUAAUUGCAUUACAUUUUUAUGGCUCAACUGAUUCAGGUACAUAUUUAUUAGUGAUUAUAGACGAAUAUUCUCGAUUUGUAAUAAUUCAAGAAGUGAAUACAACAGCAUUGCAUUAUGUAUUACCAAAACUACACGAAUCAUUGUCACUAUUUGGUAUUCCACAAAUAGUUAAAACUGACAAAGCCCACCAUUUAAUGGAGCUGAAUUUGAUAAUUUUUGCAACUAUUAUGGCAUAA